GCCCCCGGGGCGGAGGGGGCUCCCGGCAGGGAGGCGGCGGGUGGGUCGGGAGGGCCUGGACAUGGCGCUGAGGGCCCGCCCCGCGGGAAGAUGAAUAAGGGCUGGCUGGAGCUGGAGAGCGACCCUGGCCUCUUCACCCUCCUCGUGGAAGAUUUCGGUGUCAAAGGGGUGCAGGUGGAGGAGAUCUAUGACCUUCAGAGCAAAUGCCAGGGCCCCGUGUAUGGAUUCAUCUUCCUGUUCAAAUGGAUCGAAGAGCGCCGAUCCCGUCGCAAGGUCUCUACCUUGGUGGAUGAUACAUCUGUGAUUGAUGAUGAUAUUGUGAAUAACAUGUUCUUUGCCCACCAGCUGAUCCCCAACUCUUGUGCCACCCAUGCCCUGCUGAGCGUGCUCCUGAACUGCAGCAAUGUGGACCUGGGGCCCACCCUGAGUCGCAUGAAGGACUUCACCAAAGGCUUCAGCCCCGAGAGCAAAGGAUAUGCGAUUGGCAAUGCUCCGGAGUUGGCCAAGGCACAUAAUAGCCAUGCCAGGCCUGAGCCCCGCCACCUCCCCGAGAAGCAGAAUGGCCUUAGUGCUGUGCGGACCAUGGAAGCCUUCCACUUUGUCAGCUAUGUGCCUAUCACAGGCCGGCUUUUUGAGCUGGAUGGGCUGAAGGUCUACCCCAUUGACCAUGGGCCCUGGGGGGAGGACGAGGAGUGGACGGAUAAAGCCCGGCGGGUCAUCAUGGAGCGUAUUGGCCUCGCCACUGCAGGGGAGCCCUACCAUGACAUACGCUUCAAUCUGAUGGCGGUGGUGCCCGACCGCAGAAUCAAGUAUGAGGCCAGGCUACACGUGUUGAAGGUGAACCGUCAGACCAUACUGGAGGCCCUGCAGCAGCUGAUCAGGGUGACACAGCCAGAGCUGAUUCAGACCCAUAAGUCUCAAGAGUCACAGCUGCCUGAAGAGUCCAAACCCGCCAGCAGCAAGUCCCCUCUGGCACUGGAAACAAGCAGGGCUCCGGUGGCCUCUGAGAGCACCCACACAGAUGGUGUGGAGGAGGUGGCUGGUUCAUGCCCACAAGCCCCAACCCACAGCCCUCCUAGCAAACCCAAGCUGGUGGUGAAGCCUCCAGGGAGCAACAUCAAUGGGGUUCCCCCCAACCCCACUCCUAUUGUGCAGCGGCUGCCAGCCUUUCUGGACAAUCACAACUAUGCCAAGUCCCCCAUGCAGGAGGAGGAAGACCUGGCAGCAGGUAUGGGCCGCAGCAGAGUUCCAGUGCGCCCGCCCCAGCAGUACUCAGACGAUGAGGAUGACUACGAGGAUGAGGAGGAGGACGACGCGCAGAGCACCAGCUCCGCCAUCAGGUAUAAGCGAAAGGGCCCGGGGAAGCCAGGGCCGUUGAGCAGCUCUGGGGAUGGGCAACUGUCAGUGCUGCAGCCCAACACCAUCAGCGUCUUGGCCGAGAAGCUCACAGAGUCCCAGAAGGACCUCUCGAUUCCCCUGUCCAUCAAGACGAGCAGCGGGGCCGGGAGUCCGGCUGUGGCAGUGCCCACACACUCGCAGCCCUCGCCCACCCCCAGCAACGAGAGCACAGACACAGCCUCUGAGAUCGGCAGCGCUUUCAAUUCGCCACUGCGCUCGCCUAUCCGCUCAGCCAACCCCACGCGGCCCUCUAGUCCUGUCACCUCCCACAUCUCCAAGGUGCUUUUUGGAGAGGACGACAGCCUGCUGCGUGUUGACUGCAUACGCUACAAUCGUGCUGUACGCGACCUGGGUCCUGUCAUCAGCACGGGCCUCCUGCACCUGGCUGAGGAUGGUGUGCUGAGUCCUCUGGCACUGACAGAGAGUGGGAAGGGUUCCUCCCCUUCCAUCAGACCGAGCCAAGGCAGCCAGGGGUCUGGCAGCCCAGAGGAGAAGGAGGUGGUGGAGGCUGUGGACAGUAGAGAGAAGCCGGGGCUGGUCAGGCCUAGCGAGCCCUUGAAUGGGGAGAAGUAUUCACCCAAGGAGCUGCUAGCGCUGCUGAAGUGUGUGGAGGCUGAGAUUGCAAACUAUGAGGCCUGUCUCAAGGAAGAAGUGGAGAAGAGAAAGAAGUUCAAGAUUGACGACCAGAGAAGGACCCACAACUACGAUGAGUUCAUCUGCACCUUCAUCUCCAUGCUGGCUCAGGAAGGCAUGCUGGCCAACCUGGUGGAGCAGAACAUCUCAGUGCGACGGCGCCAGGGGGUCAGCAUUGGCCGGCUCCACAAGCAGCGGAAGCCGGACCGGCGGAAACGCUCCCGUCCCUAUAAGGCCAAGCGCCAGUGAGGACUGCUGGCCAGACCCUGUGUUCACUCUUGCCGCCUGGCCCUCACCAGGGCCCUUCCCUGCCCCAUCCCCCUCUUCCCAGUAUUACCGGAUAGUUCCAGUAGGAGAGCCCAGACCCUGGGAAUGGGAGCCAAGCUGGGAUCCUCGGCCUCGUGUCCCUGGGCUUGGCAGGGCAGGCUGGCCCCGUCGUGCUCUGGAGGCAGCAGCUAGAGCUGAGGCCCAGUGAGGUGCUGCAGCUUCCUCCACAGCCGGCUGUGGAGCGGCAGGACCUGGCCUUUCUGCCUGGGCAGCAGAAUAUAUAUUUUACCUACAGAGACGUCUAUUUUUCUGGGCUCUGGCCUAUCUUGCCACCACUGUGUUGACAUAGUCAGCUUCCCGAUUCUGAGUUCUCUCCUAACACUGUCACCCUGGAGGGCCGGAGUCACUCCUGCAGGGUCACAGGUGAGGGCCACGUGAGCAGUGGGCCCCGCUGCUCCAGCCCCCAGGUGUUCCUGCUGUUGAGCAAGCCAGGUCUGCUCUUCACUUCUCCUGGGAGAGCUCUGGACUCAGGGCCCUGGCUGCUGGACUAGGCUGGGAGUGGGGUGUUCCAGCAGGGGUGGGAUGAGCAGCCUGCUGGGGUCCCAUGGCCUGAGCAGAGAGGAGUGUUUGAGCUGGUUGGCCUGGCUCCAGCCAGCCUCAUCAAGACUGCUCUCUGUGGCAGGGCCCUGGGCUCCUUGUCUUCAGUGUUGUGGCCCUGGCAAGGGGCCUGCCUUGGGCUCCUGGGCUCAGAGGAGCCUCUGCCCAGGCCCUCAGUAUUACCAUGUCUCCUUCCUUUUAGAGACAGCAGAGACAGGGCUGCUUGCAAAAGCUGGCACCACUCAGCUCUCCCUGCCAUGCCAGCUUUCUCAGCUUCUGCAGGGCACUCAGGGUGGGGGACAGCAGGACCAAGUCAACCAGUUGGAGCCCCAUGUUCCCAGAGGGCCUGAUGGCCAAGGGCUAAUGGGUCCAGCACUGCCUGUGGAGCUCAGGCCCCAGACGGAGCCCCAUGGCCUUUGGCAGGUGGCUCUGAGGUGAUCCAAGCCGGCCCCUUAUGUGUACAUAGUGACUGGGGUGGGGGGGCAGCUGUAGGUAUGGCAGCUGCCUCUGUGCUAAGCAUAGCCCAACCCCUCUGGCCCCUGUAAAUACUGGAUGGAUGGAUGAAUAAAACUCUCCUUAAAAAUA